AUGGAGGAGGCUGCUAUCGGGGUAGGCCCGUCCGCGGCAUCUGGACUGCGCAAGCGUUCAGGCCGCGGGAAACGAGCCGGAGAUGUCGCAGGCGAGGCAAGUUGGGCCAGUAGUGUGAUCAACCUGGUGAAUACGAUUGUUGGCGCCGGUGUGCUUGCUAUGCCACUGGCCAUUUCCCAUAUGGGAAUUGUCCUCGGAGUCUGCGUCAUCCUUUGGUCUGGCUGCGCCGCAGGAUUCGGCCUCUACCUACAAUCACUAUGCGCUCAAUAUCUCGACCGUGGAAGCGCCUCUUUCUUUGCCUUAUCGCAAUUAACAUACCCUAAUGCCGCUGUGGUGUUUGAUGGUGCGAUUGCGAUCAAAUGCUUCGGUGUCGGUGUGAGUUAUCUGAUUAUCAUCGGAGAUCUCAUGCCCGGCGUGGUACAAGGCUUUGUCGGCGCCGAGCCAGCAUACGAUUUCUUGGUAGAUCGUCACUUCUGGGUCACUGCCUUUAUGUUGAUCGUGAUUCCCCUUUCCUAUCUGCGCCGACUAGACUCGUUGAAGUACACUAGUAUUGCGGCCUUGGUGUCCAUGGCCUACUUGGUCAUUUUAGUGGUGUAUCAUUUCGUUCUAGGAGAUACAAAAGAAGACCGUGGCCCGAUUCGUGUCGGUCACUGGGCGGGCGCAGUACCAACUCUCAGCAGUCUGCCAGUUAUCGUGUUCGCAUUUACCUGUCAUCAAAAUAUGUUCUCGAUCCUCAAUGAAAUCGGCAACAACAGCCAUUUCCGCACAACAGCAGUUGUUUUUGCCAGUAUCGGCAGUGCAGCUGGAACCUACAUUCUUGUAGCCAUCACCGGCUACCUAUCUUUCGGCAACAGCGUCGGCGGUAACAUCGUUGGAAUGUACCCGCCCGGGGUGCCAGCAACAAUCGGCCGCGCUGCAAUCGUCAUGCUAGUGGUCUUCUCAUACCCUCUCCAGUGCCACCCAUGCCGAGCAUCAGUCGAUGCCGUUCUAAAAUGGCGCCCCAGAUCUCAAGCUAGCGGUACAGAAGGCUCUCCACAUCGCCAUCCGCUGCUGGGCCCUCGUGGAAAUCGCACUCCCGAACCUAUGAGCGAUCUCCGCUUCUCAGUUAUCACAACUACUAUCCUUAUUUUCAGUUACAUCGUCGCCAUGACCGUGUCCUCCCUGGAAGCCGUGCUGGCCUACGUCGGUAGCACCGGCAGUACCAGUAUCAGUUUCAUUCUGCCCGGCUUGUUCUACUACAAGAUCUCCUCCCCAGACUCGCCUACCCACCGCGGCCUGAUGAAGGAGGACGACGAGGCAGAGGAUGAUUUCUCAGACGAGGAUGGUGAGGGCGAGGGUUCUCUCUCCCGCUCAUUAACUGAAAGUGGCCUCUUGCUCGGGAGCAAGAAGCACUGGCGCAAGGCACUCCUGCGACCGCUUAGUCUGGCAUUGGCCGCUUACGGCUUCCUUGUCAUGGUCGUGUGCCUGAUUACGAACACUUUCUUCAUAGCCUCGCACUAA